AUGGAGACCAGUGCUCUCACCAGCGCGUUAUCACAUCUCGCCAUCCAGCCUAAGAGCCAGCCCGUUUCGUUCGCAAGCGCGUUCUCCAUCCACACCCUCUACGAUGCCAUAUUAUCGCAAACCGAUGCCCCGGCCAUCGUCCUACUCCAGCGGACAUGCAGACUCGUCAGAUCUGCCGUAAGAGAUUACGCCGCGCGGGCGUUCAAUAUCGACCGCCACUUGUCGCGGUUCUUCGACGAUACCAGAGCCUUUCGUGCUUUACAAGCACAAACCGCAACGGUGAUAUCCGGUUCAGUCGCUUUGCAGUUCUUCUUGCGCACAGUGUAUCCCGAAUCCGAUCUCGACCUCUACGUCCAUCCUUCUAAAGCGAAGGUCAUCGGAGAAUGGCUCCUCUCUGCUCAAGGUUACCGCUUUGUCCCUAACUCCGUCCAACCACCGACUUUUGAGGAGGCGAGCGACGAACGGCAUCCGUUCUAUGGGAUGCUGCCUAUGUCCGCUGGCUCGGACGAUGAGCCUAACGCGGCCGCGGAGAGAUUCCACGCUGAGAACUACAGGCUCACCGGAGUCAAAGCCGUCUUCUCCUUCGAGAAGCGAUCGCCUCGCACAAGGGACAUUCUUCGCGUACAGGUCGUCGCCGCCAAAUCGUGUCCCUUAGAGUGCAUCUUAUGCGAAAAAUGUCAUACAGCAUGCGUCAUGAACGUGAUCACAUACAACGCCGCUUACAGCUUGUACCCUCGUGCAACCUUCUCUGAGAAGAUAUCGUUGGCGAUGCCGAGGCGAACCGACGACAAAGAGGUACUCCGCAAAUAUGAAGCUCGAGGCUUCAAGAUUUGGAAAAGCGACGCCUGGCGCCAUCAUCAACCAACAGUGUUCCGUGCUAAUCAGGUUCGCUGGGUAGACGAUCCGCACACUUGGGUCGUUAAUCUGGACAAGCCAUAUAGUCCUGAUCCACCAGUGCCCUCGUCUGCAUCCACCGUACUGAAGACCGAUCCUAUCACUCACAACAGCUGGCAGCUGGUUAUGGUGGGCGUUGUUGGUAUGGUCUACAUGCAUCUCUGCUCUCCCUUAUUUCGUUACGACUAUCUGCUCGCGGACACGAGGCUGGUCAGAGAGGUCCUCCUGCCGUUCUUCAGGGAGAGGGACAUGGUUGAGCCCAGUCUACUGUGGGUAUCAGAGGGCGGCGACGUGCGCACCUGGCGGCCACGAGUCGAACAAAUCCGCGAGGCGCCGAACGAGGGAGAUCAUCGCAAAUGGUCCGUCCCUCUACGUCUGGCCUAG